AUGUCUACUUCAAACAAUACUAAUGAUUCUCGAGAAAGAAUUGUGUUAAAUGUGGGUGGAGUAAAGUACGAGACUUAUCGCUCAACAUUAACCGCUUAUCCCACAACACUACUCGGAACAAUGUUCGCUGACCGAAAUGAAGCAUUACUGCAUCCUACAAAUGGGAAUGAAUACUUUUUUGAUCGUGAUGGUCACGUAUUUAGAUAUAUCAUGCAAUUCUUUCGUACCGGUAAAAUUAACUGGUCGGAUUCAGUUUCCCCAUUAGUUUUGCUACCCGUUGACAAAACUUCUUCUGCCAUCGCCACUUACCCGACCUUGGGUAUUUCUCGAGAAGAACUUUUUGCAGAGAUAGACUACUUUCAGAUUCCGAUCUCUUCACAAAAUGAAUCCCAGACAAAACCCUCCCUAGAAAAACAGGCUCAAAAAGCUGCGGCCUUAAGGGUAGAUGCGUUUAUUACCGCAUUUAAAAAGUGUACCUUUGAAUCAAUGCAAAAUUUCGAGACCCUCAUUCCUUUCACUUUUCACCGAUCGCUAAAAGAAGAUCAUACUGCUUAUUGGGACGAGUAUGAAAAGGUGUCGCCUUAUGUUAAAUUUAUUAAACCGUUUGCUCAUGUGGGAUAUGACAUUCUGGAUAGGUUCGGAUCCGAGAUUGGAAAGUGUCUGAAAAAAGAAUUUGGCGAAGAGUUGGAGUGGAAGUUGGAGAAGCAUGUCUCGAGUUCAUCAAAAAAUGUGGAUUAUUAUAGGUUGGCUAUUGGUAUACCUGAACAUGUCUAUGACUCGCAGGGAAUUUUGGAAGUCAGUUGCAUGGCUUCAGAUUGA